AUGCAUUUAAAAGUCCACACUCAAGAAGAAAACUUUUGUUGUGAUGUUUGUCCUAAGUCGUUUUCUUACCUUUCCAGUUUAAAGAAUCAUCUAAGAGUCCAUACUGGAGAAAAACGGUAUUCUUGUGAUGAUUGUCCAAAGUCGUUUUCUGAAUCUUCAAAAUUGAUACGACAUCUGAAAGUUCAUACUGGAGAAAAACCGUAUUCUUGUGAUGUUUGUCCAAAGUCGUUUUCUGAAUCUUCAAAAUUGAAAAGACAUCUGAAAGUCCAUACUGGAGAAAAACCUUUUUCAUGUGAUUGUUGUUCUAAGACAUUUUCCGAAGCUUCAAACUUGAAGUUGCAUUUGAAAGUCCAUACUGGCGAAAAACCGUAUUCUUGUGAUGAUUGUCCAAUGUCGUUUUCUGACUUUUCAAAAUUGAUAAGACAUCUGCAAGUCCAUACUGGCGAGAAAACAUAUUCUUGUGAUUAUUGUCGAAAGUCGUUUUCUGACCUUUCCAGUUUUAAGAGGCAUUUGAGAGUCCAUACUGGCGAAAAACCGUAUUCUUGUGAUUAUUGUCGAAAGUCGUUUUCUGACCUUUCCAGUUUUAAGAGGCAUUUGAAAGUCCAUACUGGCGAAAAAACGUAUUCUUGUGCUUUAAGAGGCAUCUGA